ACUGUGAUUCUUUGUGGAUUUUUUGGAAUUGGAAUGGGAGACAACUCGAGCUAUUCGAAACCCUGAAACAGAUUCGUGCAUGGAUUCCACACCAGCGUUCGAUGCCCCAAGAUGAGAAGAUUGACACCCACUAUUAAAUCAGGUGAGUUCGUUGUCAUUCUUCUAAGUCCAUUCUCAAAACUAUCGUUGUCGAGGAUCGCUUCGCUUCCCGAGUCUUUACCUCUAGACACCGAACCAUUGGAAUUAUCGGCCCAAGUUUCCGCAAUCAUUUCUCGCCCUGGUUGGCAGAAGAACCCCUCUCUGAAGAGAUUAGCUCCAUCUCUGACCCCAUUCCAUGUCUCCAGGCUCUUCAGUCUCAGCCUCGAUCCUAGAACUGCAUUAGAAUUCUUCAACUGGAUCGGGCAAAGGCCCGGUUAUAAACACGACGUUCAGUCUUAUUCAGCUCUCCUCAAUAUCCUCAUUCGUGCUCGAUUCUUUGGCGUUGCUGAAAAGAUUAGAAUUUUGAUGAUCAAGUCUUGUGAUUCGGCGGAGGAAAUGCGAUUUGUUUUGGAUGCGACUAGAACGAUGAAUCGAGAUGGUGAACAGAAGUUUAAGCUCACCCUUAGAUGCUAUAAUGCUUUGUUAAUGUCAUUAGCGAGACUCAUCAUGAUUGGGGAAAUGAAGGCUGUUUAUUUGGAGAUUUUGGAUGAUAAGAUAUCUCCGAACAUAUACACCUUCAACACGAUGAUCAAUGCAUACUGCAAACUGGGGAAUCUCAUUGAGGCCGGAUUGUAUGCAAGUAAGAUAUCGCAGGCAGGUCUGAGCCCUGAUACUUUUACAUACACUUCUCUGAUACUAGGGCACUGUCGGAGUAAGGAUUUAGAUGGUGCUAUUAGGAUUUUCCAGUUUAUGCCUCAGAAAGGUUGUCGUAGGAAUGAGGUUUCUUACACUGUACUUAUCCAUGGAUUCUGUGAAGCUUCACGGAUUGAAGAUGCAUUAAAGCUCUUCUCUCAGAUGGCAGAUGACAACUGUAGACCAACCGUCCGUACUUAUACAGUUCUUAUAUCUGCUCUUUGUCAAUUGGGUAGGAGCUCUGAAGCGUUCAUUUUAUUUAGAGAGAUGACAGAGAAAGGCUGUGAACCUAAUGUCCAUACAUUUACUGUGCUGAUUGAUAGCUUGUGCAAAGAGAGCAAGCUUCAAGAUGCACAUGGGAUGUUAAAUGAGAUGUCUGAGAGACGUUUGGUUCCUAAUGUGGUAACCUAUAAUGCUUUGGUUGAUGGAUACUGCAAGGAGGGGAAGAUGGAUGCUGCUUUUGAGAUGUUGGAUAUGAUGGAAUCAAAAGGUUGUAAGCCGAACACUCGUACGUAUAACGAGUUGAUAUGUGGACUUUGUAAAGAGAAAAAGGUUCAUGAGGCAAUGGCAUUAUUCAGCAAGAUGCUUGAGCUUGGCCUCUCCCCAAGUCUUGUCACAUAUAAUUCUUUGAUCCAUGGGCAGUGUAAGGUGGGACAUGUAGACAGUGGGUUUAGGUUGCUUCAUUUGAUGACAGAUAAUGGUUUAGCCCCUGAUCCAUGGACUUACUCAAUGUUGAUAGACAGCCUUUGCAAAGAAGGGAAGGUAGAUGAUGCUCAGACCCUACUUGACUCUCUUACAGAGAAAGGCAUAAAACCGAAUCAAGUGAUUUAUACUGCUUUGAUAGAUGGAUACUGCAAAGUGGGUAGGAUUGACAGUGCCCAUUCUCUGCUUGAGAAAAUGCUUGCGGAGAAUUGCCUGCCAAAUUCACAUACUUACAAUGUACUGAUAGAUGGAUUGUGCGAAGAAAGGAAAAUGGAUGAAGCAUCUCUGUUAUUAGGCAAGAUGGUAGAGAUAGGGGUGAAGCCUACAGUUGUUACAUUUACCAUUCUCAUUGAUGCGAUGUUGAAAGAAGGUGACUGUGACCAUGCUCAUAGGGUUUUCAAGCGAAUGAUUUCUUUGGGAUGUCAGCCUGAUGUUUGUACUUACACUGCAUUUAUCCGUACAUACUGUCUUCAAGGAAAGUUAAAAGAAGCAGAGGAUCUGAUGGUUAAAAUGAAUAACAAAGGUAUCCUCCCAGAUCCUGUGACUUACAUUGCACUGAUAGAUGGGUAUGGAAGAUUGGGAUCCCUAGAUUGUGCCUUUUAUAUUCUCAAGCGCAUGUUUGAUGAAGGGUGUGAGCCUUUGAGGAUUACCUAUUCCAUUUUAAUCAGGCAUCUCAUAAAUGAAAAACGUAUUCAGGAAAAAGGCAACGAGGUAAGUCUCCACCCAGUUUCAAGUGACACCUCUCUUGAUACCACAAAUGAAUGGAAGAUUUUCGAAUAUGAAACAGUUCUGAAGCUCCUUGAAAAGAUGGAUGAACAUGGUUGCACUCCUAACAUUGGCACUUUUCAUGCUCUCAUUAUGGGAUUUUGCAGCGAGGACCGGUUGGAAGAAGCACAGGGUUUGGUUCAUUAUAUGAAAGAAAGAGAAUUAUUUCCCAGCAAUGAUAUUUAUACAUCUAUUCUCAAUUGUUUCUGCAAGCUGGACAUGUGUGAGGAAGCAUUGCAGCUGGUGGAUACAAUGGUGGGAUGUGGUUAUCUACCACAUUUAGAUUCUUACAAGCUACUUGUUUGUAGGCUUUGUGAGAAAGGGGAUAUUGAGAAGGUUAAAGUAGUCUUCUGUACUCUGCUUCGGUGCAGGUAUAAUUAUGAUGAAGUAGCUUGGAAAGUUCUGAUUGAUGGUUUACUUAAGAGGGGCCUUGUGGAUAGAUGCUCUGAGCUAUUGGACAUAAUGGAAGAGAAGGACUGCAGACCUAGUCCUCAAACAUAUUCAAUGUUGAUUGAGGGGCUUCCAGAUGGAAAGGAUGGGGCAUAAGCUGUUUAUUGUUGUCCAACUUAGUUGCAUAAAUUAUUUACAGACACUUGUUUUCCCUCUGUUUUGUGCAAGUUAAAGAUGGAGGUGAAGUAAUAAACUUGGAAGCUCUGGUUCUUUUGCACAGAUACCCAUAAUGAAGGUUGGCUUUCUUGGUUUGUUAAAGAAGAUGUUUUGGCGUGUCAAUAUAACGGGCAUUUGGUUGAAGCUGUAAGGAAAACACUUCCGACCUUCGAGUUUUCUUGGAGGUUCAGAGGGUUGGUUGUCACAGCUGCACCGAACCCACAUAACAAAUUUUUGAUAAUCAACAAGAGGAAAGUAAGUUUGCAUUCUCAAACCAUGCUCUAUUCUUUUAUUAUUUUAAAAUUUAUUCUAGCAUUUACAACCUGGAUCUGUUUUACUAGAAAUUUACUUGUUGGACUGUGUGUUCUACAAAAUGAAUCUCUUUGAUUGUGCUUUUUCUAGUUUUAAUUAAAUCUAUAUUAUGGUUCUCAAUUUAUGAUUAUGU